AUGGUGCAACUCACACAGUUCGUUUUGGCAACUGCCGCCCUCGCCGGUGCUGCGUCCGCAGCUCCUAAGCCACCCCCAGGCCCCAACGUCAACCCUUGGACUGGCAAAGACCGCUAUGUUGUUCAGAGCUACGGCAAGAAGCUCGACCAGACUAUUGCCGCCUUCACGGCCCAGAACGACACUCUCAAUGCGGCGCGCACUCGCACAGUCGCCCAGAAGAUCUCGACUUUCACUUGGGUCACCACACGCGAUGGUCUCAGCCUCAUUUCCCAAGCCAUCAAGGAGGCUCGUCAACAAAAGAAGGGCCCAAAGAAGAUGAUCGUCGGACUAGUUCUGUACAAUCUGCCUGACCGUGAUUGCUCUGCUGGCGAGUCUGCCGGUGAGCUCAGCUCCGCCAACAACGGUCUCCAGAUAUACAAGAAGGAGUUCGUCGACAAGUACGCCAAGCUUGUUUCUGAGGCAAGGGAUCUCGACUUCGCCAUCGUUCUCGAGCCCGACAGUCUGGGUAACGCCGUCACUAACCAGGGCGUUCCUUUCUGCGCCAACGCCACUCCGAUCUACGAAGAGGGUAUUGCGUACGCGAUCUCCAAGUUGCAGUUCCCCAACGUACAUCUGUACAUUGACGCUGCACACGGCGGCUGGCUCGGUUGGGCAGACAACCUGAAGCCGACUGCUGAGGUCUUCGGCAGGGUUGUUGCUAUGGCAAAGAAGCUCAACCCCAUGGCUAAGAUCCGGGGGUUCUCCACCAACGUAUCUAACUACAACUCCUUCCAAGCCAAGGUUCGCGAGAACUACACCGAGUACUCCCCAUCGUGGGACGAGAGCCACUACGCCACCUCGCUCGCUCCUUACCUCGAGGCAGAGGGUCUGCCAUCCCACUUCAUCAUCGACCAGGGCCGCGUCGCUCUUCCCGGUGCUCGUGAGGAGUGGGGCGAGUGGUGCAACGUUGAACCUGCCGGAUUCGGUCCUCUGCCUGGCUCGAAGCAGAACAACACCAACGUCGACUCUCUUGUCUGGAUCAAGCCUGGUGGCGAGAGUGACGGAAAGUGCGGUCUUACUGGCGCACCGGCUGCUGGUGCUUGGUUUGACGAGUACGUGCAGAUGCUGGUCAAGAACGCUGACCCGCCUCUGGCGCCAACCUACAUGAAGAAGCCUCACGGCCCCAAGGCCUAG